GACGAGGACUAUGAUCCGGAGGAAGCCCGCGUGCCAGGAAUGUCUGUGCCCCUCAUGCGACACCAGACGCAAGGCUACAAGUGGAUGAGGGAGCGAGAGGCCGGAAAGUACAAGGGAGGCAUCCUUGCUGAUGACAUGGGGUUGGGAAAGACGAUUCAGGCCUUGGCGCUCAUUAGCGAGAGUGAUGAGGACCGCGAAGAAGUCGAGCUACGCGGCCACGCCACCCUAAUCGUAGCCCCAGUCGCCGUUCUCCGUCAAUGGGAGUCGGAAGCCAAAACCAAAACCGACUGCGGGCUUCGCGUUUUCAUCCACCACGGCUCCUCCAAAGCCACGUCGGCCUCCAUCUUCAAGAAGCACGACAUCGUCCUCACCUCCUUCCCCACGGCCGCCUCCGAGUACUCCACCGUAGCCUCAUCCGAUGGGGAUCGCCGUUUCUCCCCCCUCUUCAAAGCACGAUGGCUCCGCAUCAUCCUGGACGAGGCGCACAAUAUUAAGAACCACACGACCAAGCAAGCCCUCGCCUGCUUCGAGCUCGCACGUCGCUCCCACUCGCGAUGGUGUCUCACUGGCACUCCCUUGCAGAACAAUGCAAUGGAGAUGUUCUCCCUCAUCCAUUUUCUGGGAAUCCCACCCUUUGAUGACUAUGCACAUUUCAAGGAGAAGAUUGCCGACCCGCUCAAGUCGAGCAACCAGAAUCGCGUCAAUUGGGGUAUGAAGCGUCUUUGCGUUGUACUGCAGAGUAUCCUGCUUCGUCGAACCAAGGACACGAAACUGGAUGGGAAGCCCCUCCUUACCUUGCCUGACCGCGUGGUAGAAGUGGUGAGCGAGCCCUUCGAUAAUGAGGCGGAGAGGGCCUUUUACAAGAGCUGGGAGGAUCAGGCACGUCGUAACCUCGAUCGAGAGAAGAAUCAUAUUGGGAAGUUGCUCCUCUUGUUGAGGAUGAGGCAGGCAACUAGUCAUCCUAGCUUAGUUACGAAGAGCAUCAAUGUCGAUGCAGAUGCCUUGCCCGCCAACCCGAUCAAUGUAGACGACGACAACGACAACGACAACGACGACUCAGGCGACGAGCUUGCGGACCUGAUGAAGAGCAUGCGAGUGGACAAGGCCAAGUGCGCACGGUGUCAGUGCGUCCUCGACGAAGAUAAUAGCGGCAAUUCUGACGCGCACUGCCUAGAGUGUCGCCACAUCCUCGCGGACGAAGCACGCCGUCAACUCGACUGGACCCAACUUGGCUCAACAAAGCUGCGCAUCAUGCUACGUCUCCUCGAUCGGAUCGAUACCGAAUCCCACGGUAAGGAGAAGACGAUCAUUUUUUCCCAAUUCACUACUUUCCUCGACCUCGUCGAGCUCGCCUUGCGCAGGGAAGGUCGACAAUUCGUUAGGUACGACGGAUCCAUGUCCGCUCCCAAGCGCGAGGUUGCCCUUGAGACGAUUCGCGCUGAAGGUGGUGGCGGGGGCGGGCGGGGAGGCACGAGGAUUAUUCUGAUCUCCUUCAAGGCAGGGAGCACCGGGUUGAACUUGACUUGCUGCUCGCGCGUGCUGUUGAUGGAUCUGUGGUGGAACCCUAUGUUGGAGGAGCAGGGGAUGGAUAGGGCGCAUAGAGUUGGGCAGACGCGGGCAGUGAGGAUGUACAAGAUCUGUAUAGAGGAUACGGUGGAGCAGCGUAUCCUUGCCCUGCAGGAAAAGAAGCGCGAGUUGAGCCGUGCGGCCUUGGAGGGGAGCAAGCUCAAGAAGGGGGGCAACAAGCUGUCCCUCAAGGAGCUCAUGUAUCUGUUUAAUGGAGGAGCGGGGGAUGAGCCGCCUGCGCCUGCUGGUGGUGAGGAGCCGGCGACGACGACGUCGGCGAGGAGGCGAGCAUACCACGAGUAGACGUGCGGCGCGUAGAUGGACAGGUCUUCACUCUUCCUUCAUCUAGAACGUCUCAACUCAUCUUGAUAAUCCAUCUCAUCUCAUCGUGUCUCAUCGCAUCGCAUCGUCUCGCAUCGAUCGAUCGAUCGUUCGUUCGAUCGAAGCGGUGGUGUUGAGCCGAUCUCGCCUCUCUUGUCUGAGGAUGCGCAAGUGGAGAGAAGGCAAGGCUGAAUGCGUCCGUCG